UUUUUAGAUGUAGACAGGGCAUCUAAAUUCUCAUGUUACUCUCCCUCCUCGUUGAUAUAAACGACUUUGGUCCCCCUCAUCCUUCGAUUUCAGCCAAAACCUUCCCUUCUUUCCGGCCACCACCUCUCCAUCCACCAGAAUCACACCUCUCUCUGACAUGAGUCAACAAAGUCAACCAAUUUCAGAAUCAGAAUCAGAAUUAGAGCUCUCCAAGUUCCUUCAACUCUUUUCUCCAAUCUCUCUUCAUCACUGGGAACCUAAUAUUUUUCAUCCAUGGGUAUUUUGGAGCGAAUCUGAAGGAUGUGAAAAUAAUUCAUCUUCACCUCAUCUUGCCACUACUCCCAUGAUUCAUCAAAUGAUCAAAUCUGCACUUUCUAAUAUUGAACAUUACUUGGGGUUUAUAUUCAUUGCUCUGUUCUGGGCACCUGUAACAAUAGACAGAAGACAGCUACUUUCAACUUCACAUCAACCAUUUGCCGUCGGUCAUCUUUCCAAAAGCUUAGCCAUGUAUAGACUACAUUCUGAGAAGUAUAAAUAUAAUAUUGAACAAGACCUCAUCAUCUUAAGUGGUGGACCCGCCCCUGCUUUCCUCAAUUGUCAGACAUCUAUACAUAAACCCCAGGGGUUUCUAUUGGAUAACGAUGAAUUGAUGUCUGUUAUGGUUCCUAUUUGUUUCCCUUCUCAAAGCAAUUGUAUUGGUGUUCUCCAGUUUACUUUGGAUCCCUCAGAAUGUAACUUGCCAGAUUUUGUUGUUCACACGGUUAGGGAAAUAAAGAUGCUGGUCUGGAUGUGUUUUAUGUACAACAUCUUAUACCAUACAAGUUCUACAGACGAUGGAACUCAAAAGAUCAAGAUUUUUCAAGAAAAUAGAUCAUCACCGAUGCCGACAGCACCAGAAAAAGGAAAGAGUCCAAUGGUUGUGAACCUCAUUGCACCUUCCAAAGUGACGUGCAAGACAGCUCCGAAAGUAUUACCUCAAGAAGUCAUUGAGAAACAUUUUGGAAAAACCAUGAAAGAAGCUGCAAAAGAUCUAAACGUUUCUUUAUCUACACUCAAACACAAAGUUAAAGAACUUAAGAUCCCAGAGUGGCCCGGACCAAAUUUUGUGAAGAGAAACCGAAUUGAUUCGUCCAUUAUUCAAACGAACACAAAUGAAGAAGAUAAUGGAGCAAAUGAGGACACAUCAACUGUCAACCUAAACAAAAAUGUGCUGACCAUAAAAGCAGAGUAUGCAGAUGAUAGAUCAAGUUCCAUCUCCCUAUCUCGCAAGCAACCUUUGUAUGUGUUGAGAAAGAAAUUGGUAUGAAGUUGAAGUUAAGUGACAAGACUUAUAAGCUCAAAUACCUCGAUAAAGAUGAUGACUGGAUAUAUUUAACAUCUGAUGAAGAAAUGGCUGAUUGUAUCAAAAGUUCCAGAAAAUCAAAUGAAAUUGUAGUUCGAAUGCGUGUGCUGCCAUCUCUGCAACUAAUAUCGGGUCCUAACUAGUGGUUUUCUAGGAACCUUUUAUGUUUAACAAAUGUGUUUGUUUCCUUUAUCUCAAUACAAUUGCCAUCACUAUAAGAAACUGAUAUAUAAUUAUCUGCUUU